GGCGUCUUGCCUUUUGUCGGCCUUUCCUUACUACAGUUCAAAAGAGAAAGAUUCUUUGUUGAAGUUAGAGAACACUAAAGCAUGAGUCAAGAAAUACCUGUUAAAUAUGGGGACGUGUUUCCGGUGUCGAGUGAACUUGGUUCAAAAAUGAUAGCACCACAAGAUGCAGCAAUCAUGCAGUCAGCAGAAAGUAUAGCGUUGGGUCAUGUACCAAAAGGUGGGCCUGCAUCGCUCAUGCAGUCAGCUGCAGCCCAAAAUGAGCGUAUAGGUGUGGUAGAUGUUGAUGACAUAUCGGAUCUCGCGAGAGAUCCGGGUGUCACUGUUUCUCAAGCUGAGGUUGGUGGCACUCGCAUUGUCUCUGAAUCAAUCGGUGGAGAGGUGGUUGCACAAUAUAUCUAUCCAUCAGAAGCAGGAGGUGACGGAGAAGGAGCCGAACGAUAUCCUACAACAGGAGUUCAGGAGGAGGCAGUUACGGUAGGUGAAGCUCUAGAGGCAGUGGCAUUUAAGGCAGCAGGGGACAAACCACUUGAGGAGAGCGACGCUGCAGCAAUACAGGCAGCAGAAGCAAGAGCCACGGGACGAAGUGAAGUGGUGCCGGGAGGUAUAGGAGCACAAGCUCAAAAUGCAGCUUCCGUUAAUGCUCGAACGGAUGACAAGACCACUCUUGGUGAUGUCCUAAGAGAUGCGACGAGCAAGCUUAUAGAAGACAAGGCAGUGAAGAAGGAAGAUGCAGAAGGGGUGGUGAGUGCUGAAAUAAGGAAUAAACCCGACUUGGCAACACAUCCCGGAGGAGUAGCAGCAUCUCAGACCACUGCAGCUAAUCUGAACACAUUCUAAUUAGGCGUUUUUAUUUGGGUUAUGGUUUUUGUUACAAGUAGUUGAUUGUGCAUAUAGAACCAUGGUCUGAUUUAGGGUUAUGUCUAAUUGUCCUCUUAUGCUG